AUGUCGGCUCCAUUGACAAACUACGUUACUUACCUGGACCCCGAGCUUCAUGUGCCUCGAGUUGGCCAUCUCAAGUGGGAUGAUGAGACCAUUCAACCUCUCGCAUUUUUUUCUGGGGCACCGCUUGAGAGCUUGUAUCAAAUCAUCGUAGCGGGUCACCACUCCACGAAACCGAUCGGAGACCCGAUCGCACUUCAUUCGGUGCAAUUACGACCUCCCUUCGCUGGCCGAGAUAUUCUUGCAGUUGGCAAGAAUUAUGCCGAACAUGCAAUUGAGUUUAACAAGUCCGGAUAUGACAAUUCCGACAAGGCUGAUCAGCCAAGUCACCCUGUGUUUUUCACAAAGCGUGCAACCUCCAUCGUGGCGCAUGGGGCUCCCAUUGUUCACCAUCCAUCUUUCACCAAGACCCUAGACUAUGAGGGUGAGAUCGGUGUGAUUAUUGGAAAGGGCGGUCUUGGCAUCAAGAAAGAAAAUGCUUUGGAUCAUGUGUGGGGGUACACAAUCAUCAAUGAUGUGACAGCUAGAGAGCGUCAACGCGAUCACAAGCAGUUUUUCAUUGGAAAAUCCGGUGAUUCAUUUUGCCCAAUGGGCCCGGUCGCCGUUCCCGCACACGAUCUGCCUGGUAUACUUCAGGUACAAACCUUUGUCAAUGGUCAGGAGCGACAGAGAGCCACAACAAAAGACUUCAUCUUUUCAAUCCCCACUUUGAUCGAGACACUUUCAGUUGGCAUCACUCUUCAGCCAGGAGAUGUCAUUGCAACCGGAACUCCUGCCGGAGUGGGUUUUAGUCAGGACCCACCAGUAUGGCUCCAGCCAGGUGACGAAGUCAAGGUAUCUGUUACUGGUUUAGGGUCAUUGAUCAAUACAGUAUGCAAACCAAGCCCGUAUGACUCCCUUGCACCUAUACCAGAUCACUUAAAUAUAGCGGAUAACAAUUUAUCGAAAACCAUCACUGGAGAGUGCCUCACUGUCAUAAAUGGGAAACGCCUUUUCUACAAGAAACAGGGCACUGGAAACAAGCCAAUUGUCUUUAUACAUGGUCUCGGAAGUUCCAGCGAAUUUUUCACGCCCUUAAUCAAUGCCCUCGACUUGAACACGUCGCAUCGGUUGUAUCUCAUAGACCUCGAGGGCCAUGGACUCUCACCUACUUCGCCACUGUCUAAUAUUACGAUUGAAUCUCUCGCGAACGACUUAAACGGCAUCUUUGAGAAAGAAGAUCUUUCAUUCGCUUCUCAAGUCACGGUGGUCGCACAUUCGAUGGGAUGCCUUGUCGCUCUCGACUUUGCAAUCAAACACCCGGAGAAAGCCAAGAAGAUCGUUCUUCUUGGCCCACCCCCGAAUCCGUUGACCGCUCUUGCUGUGGACACAUUCACCAAGCGUGCAUCUCUUGUUAGAAGAAAGGGAAUGCUUGCGGUUGCUGAUACAGUCGCUACCGCAGGUACCUCACAGCGUACGAAAGUCUCACUUGGCUUCACAACUGUGAGACUUUCCCUGCUUGGAACUGAGCCCGAAUCAUAUGCCAAGGCUUGCACUGCUCUCGCUGAGUGCAAAGCAUUGCCAAUUCAGUGUAUCCAGGCGAAAACCUUGAUAGUUACUGGCAACGAAGACAAGGUUAGCCCGCCUGCACUGUGUGCUUCUUAUGCGGAACGUAUUCCCCAUUCAUUGCCCCCUGUCGUCUUAGACAAAGUCGGCCACUGGCAUAUAUUCGAAGACUUCCAUGGAGUGGCCAAUGCAAUCAGUGAUUUCCUGUGA